UUACUAUCUGAGGGUUAGGGUGGGGGGGCGGAGCCGGGAUCAGCUGAUCGAACUGAGGACGGUCCACCCAGAGGUUCUGCAGCGAAGUCAGAGGUCUGCAUCAGGGUCAGGGCUAAAACUUUGGAGAAGCAGCAUCAUUGGAGCAUACAGAAACAGCCUGGUUGGCGCUCCUGCUCAGUGAUUGGUUCCAACAGACAGGUGAAAAUGUCAUCAGUGCAGGUGGAGUCUGUGGUAAAGGAGCAUGCUCUGAUUGGUGAAGGGCCUGUGUGGGAGGAGUCAGAUCAGACGCUGCUGUUUAUUGACAUUGCUGGGCAGAAAAUCCACCGCUGGAGUGCAGCAACCAAUCAGAUUCAUUCUCUGAAGACAGAUGACACUGUGGGAUUUGCAGUGCCUCGCAGGUCAGGUGGUUAUGUUGCAGGUGUUGGUCGUAGCAUUGUGGCUGUUGAUUGGACCAAUCAGAAGGCAACAUCACUGGUCAACGUCGAAGAAGACAAACCAGAAAACCGGUUUAAUGAUGGAAAGGUUGAUCCAAUGGGUCGUCUGCUAGCAGGUACAAUGAGGAAGGACGCUCAGACCGCUCAGGUGAAACCAGGAUCUUUGUACUUGGUGAACUCUGAUCUGUCUGUGACCAAACUGCUAAGCCAGGUGGACAUCUCUAAUGGGAUGGACUGGACUCAGGAUUUGAAAACUUUUUUUUACAUUGACAGUUUGUCUCUGAGCGUCGACGCUUUCAACUACGACUCAUCCACUGGACACCUGGGUAACCGUCAGGUGGUGUACCGCAUGGCGGAGGGGGAGGGCCUUCCUGACGGGAUGACCCUUGAUGCUGAGGGUCGCCUCUGGGUGGCGUGUUACAACGGAGGACGAGUCAUCCACAUUGACCCAGCAACUGGUAAACGGCUGCAGACGGUCUCUCUGCCUGCCAUGAAGACCACAUCCUGUUGCUUUGGGGGCCCAGACUACUCUGAACUGUAUGUGACCUCAGCUAGUUUGGAUCUGGACCAGUCAGAGCUCCAGAAGCAGCCACAGGCUGGAAACACCUUCAGGGUGAAGGGACUGGGGGUCAAAGGUCGACCAUCACAUUCAUUCACUGGAUGAUCUGCAGCAGGCAGACUCUUCAGAUCUUCAAUAAGAUCAUUGAUUACUGAUAAAACUGGAUCAAUAAGUGUUUUAGCAUGAAUCACUGCAGAACCUGAGCCAAUUAGUCUGUACUAAUGAUGGAAAUAAAGGCAAACCUGAGCAUUAUA